AUGGCCUCAGCCCUCAGGCCCUCAUCUCGUCUCCCGAGUAUCCGACAAACCAUCUUCAACCAACUCACCAUAAUGCGCCCUAUCUCUAGGUCGGCCCUUCGACCAUACGUCUGUCCGUCCUGCCUAUCCGGUCUGCCAGGGAGACGGUUUGCAUCAAACUCCUCCCACGCCCCCGACAUCUACGAUGUAGUCUGUGUCGGAGGCGGUCCUGCCGGCCUUGGACUGGUAGCAGCUCUCCGGGCUUCCCCUGCCACCUCGAAGCUCCGAGUCGCCCUCAUCGAGUCCCAGGACCUUCAGAAAGCCCGCUCGUGGAACCUCGAAUCGCACCAAUUCUCCAACAGAGUCAGCAGUCUUACGCCCUCGUCCGUGUCUUUCUUGCAGAAGAUUGGCGCAUGGGAUUUUUUGGAUACCGAACGCGUCCAGAAAUAUCAGGAGAUGCAGGUCUGGGAUGGCGAAACAGGUUCUCGGAUAUCGUUUGAUUGGACCAUGGAGUCCUCCCCGUUUGAAGAUCUCCGUACUAUCGCGACAAUGACGGAAAACGCCAAUCUUGUCCGCGCGCUUCUCUCGCGCAUCGCCGCGUCCGGGGAUAAAAACCUUUCCAUUUUCUCGAAUUCGACCGUCUCGUCCAUUGAGAAUGGUUCCGAUCAUCCUGAUGGGGCGGAUUUAUCGGCAUGGCCUGUUCUUUCUAUCUCUCCGACUGGCUCGGCACAGGCUCCAGGCUCGUCCAAGAUCGCCGCGAGGCUAUUAGUCGGUGCCGAUGGUAUUAAUAGCCCUGUGCGCAAGUUCGCUAAUAUCUCGACGGAAGGCUGGGACUAUAAUAGACACGGCGUUGUCGCGACCCUCUCCCUCGCAGACCCCGAUCCAGUUCCGUUCCCCAUCGGAACGAGGACUGCGUAUCAGCGUUUUCUGCCCUCGCUGGGGGGUCCCAUUGCUUUACUUCCGCUCCCCAACAACCACGCAACCUUGGUGUGGUCAACCACGCCGGAGAAUGCGGCAUACCUCAAAUCCCUAUCCCCGAAGGCAUUCAUUGCCAUGGUAAAUUCCGCUUUCCGGCUCUCCAUGACAGAUCUCAAGUACAUGAUAGGCAUGCAACGUCCAGCAACUUCAACUCUGGAGUAUGAGGAUCCGCAUGAGAGUGAGUUGAUCUGGCGCCUGCAGCACACUCCUCAGCCGUCUCACAUCCCACCCAUGACCAUGGGAGUCCAGGAGGAUAGCGUGGCCUCCUUCCCCCUCCGAUUCCGACACUCCUCGACGUACAUUUCUCCCCGUGUGGCUUUGGUUGGGGAUGCUGCCCAUGUCAUCCACCCUCUGGGCGGACAAGGCCUCAACCUUGGUAUGGGUGAUGUGGCGUCUCUUUCCAGCACGAUUGAGUACGCGAUCAACCAUGGAAUGGAUGUUGGAGAUCUCCUCACUCUCGAACGGUAUACUGCCGAGCGAUGGGCAACCAACGUCAAAAUUGGCGGCGCCUGUGAUGUGCUGCACAAGCUUUAUAAUGUUCCUGGCCAGGGACCUGUCGCUUGGGGGCGCAGCCUAGGCCUAGAUAUCAUUGACCGAUUACCCUUCCUUAAGGGUCUGUUGAUGAAGAAUGCUGAGGGCUAA